ACAAAAAAUUAAAAAGCUACAAAUAUAAGGCUGGAUUUUGUAGUGUGAAUAAAUUAGAAGCCGACAUAAAUUCUUAUAACGCAGUAUUUGGGAAUGAAAGCAUAGUGAAAGAUGCUUUCCGUCACAAUUUGAGGCUUGUUUUUGCACGAGAUCAAUCCAUUCUGCUAUGAGAUCAGUGUGGGAAGAAUGUGGUAUGAAUUUUACUCAUUUGCAUUGCAGCAUGUGCGGCGUGUAGCGAUAAAAAUUAAUAAUUUGUACCACUGUUUUGUACAUUAAUAAAACUUUUGACUUUAUCUUUGGAUAAACGUUUGCCGCAAAAUAAAGGCAAACUGGCACAUAGUGAAUGUACGUUAUUAACUUGUUAAUUGAGCGCAUAAUUUUUUGCACUGCUAAAUCCGACCAGAAAGAAUCAAUUCAACAGUAACAGAACAAACUAUACAACGACAUACCAUUUUGCGUGGACAUUGAUUUUGUGUGAAUGGCGACAAAUUUAUCCGUCAAAACGUCCCGAUUGGUCGUUGGCCUUUUCUCGAACAUUCGAACCCUGACACACCAUAAUCACUGCUCACCCAGCAUUGCAUUGUGGUCAAGGUCACUGGAGAAUAUUUGUCCCCUUAACAGAUCACCGUUCCUCCCUCCUUUGAGACACUUCACAGCAAAGUUCGAUAUGGAGAAAGAUCCCAAGAUCAGUUUGUCACCUUCUUGUGAAACUGUUCAAAUUCAAACUGAAAAGGACGUUGAAACAAUUACAGAAUCAGUAACAACAAACGUAAAUGACAAAACAAUUGGAGAACAAGAUUCAAAUAUUGGGCUAGUCACGAACGAUGAGAAAGUUGUAGCACCCCCAGAAAAGAAAGAAUAUCUCCGCCGCAGGAAGAUGGUUUUAAUGCUAAGCUAUUGUGGACAAAGCUAUUUUGGAAUGCAGCGCAAUCCUGGGACGAAAACCAUCGAAGAUGAUCUUUUACAAGCCCUCCUCAAAGCGGGAUACAUUGAUGAGGAAGCUUCUAAAUUACCACGAGUCAUGCAGUUUCAAAGAGCAGCUCGAACUGAUAAACACGUCUCAGCUGCGAGGCAAAUCGUCUCCAUGAAAAUGCCUGACACCAUCGACGUCGCAAAGGUCAAUUCGUUCCUCCCUGCAGAAGUUCGAGUUAUGGGAGUAAAAAAAGCUACCAAGGGAUUCGACUGUAAAACUAAUUGCGAUGGGAGAACAUACAUGUACAUGAUUCCUUCUUUUGCGUUUGUACCCAUUGAUCAAAGCGUGACUGAAGAUUACAGAAUAAAUGAACAAGUACUUACCAGCCUGAGAGCUAUUUUAGAAAGUUAUGUGGGAACUAAGAAUUUUCACAACUUCACUUCACGGAGGAAACCAACGGAUCCGAGUUCCAAGCGAUAUAUCAUUUCUUUCACCGCAUCGGAACCAUUUAUGAAGGACGGUCUGGAAUAUUUAAUCUUGCGAGUGAAAGGACAAAGUUUUAUGUUGCAUCAAAUCCGUAAAAUGAUUGGAUUGGUGGUCGCCUACAUGAGAGGAUUUGCAGGAAAAGAUACGUUUGCGAAAGCUUGGGAGUCGGAGAGAAUUGACAUCCCAAAAGUACCUGGAGUGGGUCUUGUCCUAGAUCAUGUUCACUACGAACGAUACAAUCAGCGGUAUGGCAGUGACGGGAUGCACUCCCUCCUAACAUGGGAUGAAUUUUCGGACCAAGUUGAAGAGUUUUGCCAAACUUAUAUUUAUCCUGUCAUAACAAAGUCAGAGAAUGAAGAAAAGUCAAUGUUUGAAUGGCUUACGACACUUCCGUAUCACACGUACGAUAUGCGAGAAACGAAUAGAGACCCAAAUAUCAAAAAUAUUAGUUUUGAAGAUGGAGAUGGCAGGGGGACGCCGAGAGAAUACAGCAAGAUUGGUCAGGCUGGACUUAUGGCGAAUGGAGGACGUCCAUUAGAAGAAGAUGAAGAUGAAGGCGACGAUUCGGAUGGGGAUGAUGUUCGUAAAAGCCGUAAAAGAGAUUCUUCUCGUUCCAAGAAUGAGAAAGUCAAAUCCGAUAUGAAUAAUGAUGAGGAUAAUGACGAUGACACUGAAUUUGUUCAAGCAGAAUUAGCAAAACGGAAAAAAGCUAUCUCCUAGAUCUUUUUACUAUUGCAUUUGUUUAUUAUACGAAUUAGAGCCCAUGUAUAUAUGUAUGUAGGAAUAUGUAUUAUGUAUAAGCAAACACAUUUCAGAUUAUCGGCUAAAAUAUUAUAGUAAUAAUAAAUGUAUUGUUUGAUACUUUUAAUUUCUAA